UUGGGUUCUGCCCAACGGCCCAAAUAUUACAAAGCAAACCCUAGGCUUCUGUUUUCGCGUUUCGACUUCAAUCCAUAGCCGCUUUUGUCUCUCGUUUUCCGGAGCACACGCCAGUUUCAGAAGCGAUUCCCUACUCAACUUUUUGACUGAAAGAUGGCUUCGAGAUUCUGGACUCAGGGUGGGAGUGAUUCCGAGGAGGAGGAGAGUGAUUACGACGAGGAGGUUGAAACCGCGACAGGUGAAUCUGCUAGUCAAGCAGUUACAAGCAGGUACCUGCAGGAAAAUGCUAGUGACAGUGAUGAUUCCGAUGGGCAGAAGCGUGUUGUGCGGUCGGCGAAAGAUAAGCGUUUCGAGGAGAUGGCCUCCACUGUUGAUCAGAUGAAAAAUGCCAUGAAGAUUAAUGAUUGGGUGAGCCUGCAAGAGAGCUUUGACAAGAUUAACAAACAGCUUGAGAAGGUUAUGCGUGUCACUGAGUCUGUGAAAGUUCCGAAUCUCUACAUCAAGACGCUUGUGAUGUUGGAAGAUUUCUUGGCUCAGGCCUUGGCUAAUAAGGAUGCCAAGAAGAAGAUGAGCAGUAGCAAUGCUAAAGCAUUGAACACCAUGAAGCAGAAACUGAAGAAAAAUAAUAAACAGUACGAGGAUUUGAUUAAUAAGUGUAGGGAGAAUCCUGAGAGUGACGAGGAGAAGGAAGAAGAGGAGAGCGAGGAAGAGUAUGAGAGUGAUGAUGAGAUUAUUGAGCCAGAGCAGCUUCGGAAACCAGAAGCAAAAUCUGAUUCUGAAGCCUCUCAGUAUGAUGAUGAAAAGCAUGAUGCUGGUGAUGGUCCUUGGGACCAAAAGCUUAGCAAGAAGGAUCGGCUAUUGGAUAGACAAUUUAUGAAAGACCCCAGUGAGAUCACAUGGGACUCGGUUAACAAGAAGUUCAAAGAGGUUGUGGCUGCUAGGGGCAGAAAGGGGACUGGGAGAUUUGAACAGGUUGAGCAGCUUACUUUCUUAACGAAAGUUGCUAAGACACCUGCACAAAAGUUGGAAAUUCUGUUCAGUGUGGUUUCUGCUCAAUUUGAUGUCAAUCCUGGGCUCAAUGGACAUAUGCCCAUAAAUGUGUGGAAAAAAUGUGUGCAAAACAUGCUGGUCAUUCUUGAUAUUCUAGUGCAGCAUACAAACAUAUUGGUUGACGAUUCUGUGGAACCAGACGAGAACGAAACUCAGAAAGGGGCUGACUAUAAUGGAUCAAUUCGGGUAUGGGGUAACUUAGUUGCUUUCUUAGAAAGAAUUGACGUUGAGUUUUUCAAGAGCUUGCAGUGCAUAGAUCCUCAUACACGGGACUAUGUUGAGAGACUCAGGGAUGAGCCCUUGUUUCUGGUUCUUGCUCAAAAUGUCCAGGAAUAUCUUGAAAGAGUUGGGAAUUUCAAAGCUGCCUCUAAGGUGGCCUUGAGGAGAGUUGAGCUCAUUUACUACAAACCGCAAGAAGUUUAUGAUGCAAUGAAAAAAUUGACUGAGCUGACAGAGAAUGGAGAUGAUGCAGGGGAGACAAGUGAGGAGCCAAAAGGAUUUGAGGAAUCAAGAAUUCCUACUGCAUUUAUUGUUACCCCAGAGAUUGUGGCCCGGAAGCCCACAUUCCCUGAUAAUAGCAGGACCAUAAUGGAUGUAUUGGUAUCAUUGAUAUACAAGUACGGAGACGAGCGAACUAAAGCACGUGCAAUGCUCUGUGAUAUAUACCACCAUGCUCUCCUUGAUGAGUUCUCAAUUGCCCGUGAUCUACUUCUUAUGAGUCAUUUGCAAGAUAGUAUUCAACACAUGGACAUUUCAACGCAGAUACUUUUUAACAGGGCUAUGUCACAGUUAGGUUUAUGUGCUUUUCGGAUUGGACUGAUUUCUGAAGCUCAUGGUUGUCUCUCUGAACUGUACUCUGGUGGAAGGGUAAAAGAGUUACUUGCCCAAGGUGUGUCACAAAGUCGCUAUCAUGAGAAGACUCCCGAACAGGAAAGGUUGGAAAGAAGGAGGCAAAUGCCAUAUCAUAUGCACAUCAAUCUUGAACUCCUGGAGUCAGUACAUCUGGUAUCUGCCAUGCUGCUGGAAGUUCCUAAUAUGGCAGCCAAUGUUCAUGAUGCUAAACGCAAGGUAAUUUCUAAGACUUUCCGUCGCUUGCUUGAGGCCAGCGAGAAGCAAACAUUCACUGGUCCACCGGAAAAUGUGAGAGAUCAUGUUAUGGCUGCCACAAGGUUUCUCGUAAAGGGAGACUUCCAGAAGGCUUUUGACAUUAUUGUGUCUCUCGAUGUAUGGAAAUUUGUGAGAAAUCGAGACACUGUGCUUGAAAUGCUGAAAGACAAAAUCAAGGAGGAGGCAUUGAGGACAUACCUCUUUACCUUCGCUUCUUCUUAUGAAUCCCUGAGCCUGGAUCAACUUUCAAAAUUUUUUGAUCUCUCUGUUUCUUGCACCCAUAGUAUUGUCAGUAGAAUGAUGAUCAAUGAAGAGCUCCAUGCAAGCUGGGACCAGCCAACUGGGUGUGUUGUUUUCCAAGAUGUUGAAUACUCUAGGCUGCAGGCAUUGGCAUUCCAGUUGACAGAGAAAUUAUCUAUCCUUGCAGAGAGCAAUGAAAGAGCAACGGAAGCAAGGAUAGGUGGUGGUGGAUUGGAUCUGCCUCUAAGGCGGAGAGAUGGCCAGGACUAUGCCGCGGCUGCUUCCGGUGGUAGUGGAACAGCCUCUUCAGGUGGUAGAUGGCAAGACCUGGCCCUUUCACAGCCAAGGCAAGGCAGUGGGCGUGCUGGAUAUGGUAGUGGUGGUGGGAGGUCAAUAGGUCAAGUAGCCGCAGGUGGCUAUUCCAGGGAUCGAAUGGGACGGGGCACAGGUGGUGGCUACCAGAGUGGACGGUAUCAUGAUGGAGGUUAUGGGAGGAGUGCUCAAGGGGGUUCUGCAUUGAGGGGACCCCAGGGCGAUACGUCUUCACGCAUGGUUAGCCUUAAGGGUGUUCGAGCUUAAAGAAAUUAAAAUUAUCAUCCGUACGUCAGUUUUGAGGAUUUGACUAAUGCACUUUCUGUAUUCUUGUAUUGUAGACUUUAUCUAAAAUUUGCAUUGAAAUGUUUAUGGAUUUGUUAUACACAAAA